AUAAAAUAUUGAAGUAUAAACUUAUUUGAAUAUUAUGUUUUUUUUAGAGGCUCUAACUAAAUAUAGAGAGAAAAAUCAUAAACUUCCUAACACUAUUGUCAUAUACAGAGAUGGUGUGGGAGAUGGACACAUAUCAUAUGUCCAUAAAGUUGAAGUCGAUGUGGUAAAGAAAACUUGUAAAGAAUUCUAUGGGGAUGAAAAAUUUGGUUUGGCCUUUAUUAUAGUUAAAAAACGUAUCAGCGCCAGAUUUUUUUUAAACACUGAAAAGAAAAGAGAACAUUAUCAAAAUCCACCACCUGGAACAGUUGUUGAUAGUAGUAUCACUGACCCAACUAUGUAUGAUUUCUAUCUGGUGUCUCAGCAUGUAACCAUGGGUACAGUAACACCAACUCACUAUAAUGUAAUUGUGGAUACUCUCAAUGAAACUGCUACUAAACCAAUUACACCCAAUAUUAUGCAACAACUGACUUAUAAAUUAACUCACAUGUACUACAAUUGGACGGGCACUGUAAGAGUUCCUGCUCUAUGUCAACUAGCACACAAAUUAGCAUUUUUGGCUGGACAGUCCCUUCAAAGUAAUCCAAAUCCUGGUUUGGAAGAUUUACUGUACUUUUUAUAAGUUUUUUCACUGGCCAUUAGAUAUAGACUUGUAUCCAACACAUUAGUUUUUUUUUUCACUUUUUGGUUAAGGUUAUUGUCAAAUUUAAAUGCACUUAAAAUUUUAACUAAAUAAUUAAUUUAAACUAAAAUACUAAAAUAAAAUUUGCUAUUUAUUAAAUCAUUGUACAAAGUGGUUCUCAAUUAAUAUUCUGCAACAAAAUGU